AUGAUCCGACAACCUAGGAGUGUGAUCAUCGCGGGCCCAUCGGGCAGUGGUAAGAGCGAAUUGGUGGAACAAUGGUUACGGUACCUCAACGUCUUUCAAGUCAAACCCCGCAAGAUUGUCUAUGCCUAUGAUCGAUGGCAACCCCGAUUCGAUCGUAUGCAAAAAAAGGAUGGGAUUCAGUUUCAUCGCGGGUUACCGGACCCCCGUCAUUUGACGCAAUGGUUUGGUCGAACACGCGGCGGGGUGCUGGUCUUGGACGACCUGAUGGAAGAAGGGGGACAAGACAAGCGCGUGUUGGAUUUGUUCACCAAAGAUUCGCAUCAUCGUAACAUCACGGUGUUGUAUUUGACGCAAGAUUUAUUCCCGCCUGGCAAAUUUUCCAAGACCAUCAAUCGCAACGCGCAUUACAUUGUGGCGUUCAAAAACCCCCGGGAUCAAACAGGUAUACGGACGAUUUUAUUGCAAGCCUUUCCGGAUCGAUGGCGUCAAGUCUUGCGCCUAUUUAAACGCAUCACCUCCCGCCCCUUUGGCUAUUUGAUGUUGGAUGUACAUCCGGCGUCGGAUGAUCGCUACCGCCUGUGGAGUCAUUUAACGCCACGAGAAGGCAAGGCGCAAGUCCACACCUUGCGUGCGGAUGUCCCUGCCGUUCGAAAACGAACUGCAACGAGAACUCGCCAGGGUCCGUCGACAAAGAGAAGGCGGACAACAUACUGAGUUAGCGACUCGCAUGGACACACCGACCCUCUCGCCCGCGGGGGUAGGUUCCCCGUCGGUCCUCCGAGAUCUCAGCAGCAUGACGGACAUGGUGACCGAAUUGUCUCGACCUGUGGAUCGUGCCCAAUUGGAUCAAGAGAUUGACGAUUUCAAUUUGACCUACCCAGUCAAUGUAAACGAUGCCUUGAAUGCGUUCACGCUACCGCCCGUGGCGGGCACUGGCACUGCCCCCACCACCACAGCACCGCCACCACCCCCCAUCACCACCGCCCCCAUCACCACCACGGCCACUCAAACCCGUCCCACCACAUCGACCCGAACACGCCCCACCACCACCACCACCAGUCGACCACGACCCGUCACAUCCACCCGAACACGCCCUGCCACCACCGCCACGACCACCACCGCACCUUCCCGCCCCUCCACCAGCCGCCGCAGCGCUGGGGCAGGGACCAGGACCACUACCUCCACGGUGACGACCCCCACUGGACGUCCUACCAUUGCUGCCAAACAACCACGACGACGCCCCCGGGUGCCCUCCCCACCGUCCCCCGAUUCGUCCCCUCCGUCCGAUGACGAGGAUGGCGAUGAUGACGAUGACGAUCGACGGCGAGGAUUAAGGCGACGGUUGGAUUUGCUCAAUGAAGAUGCUCAAGAACGGGCUCGAGGUAGACGGAUUCGCAACAUCACGCACACCAAUACAGUCACCACGGUCUAUGAAGAGGGUGGUCGUCCCUCGGUGCGCCGCACGUCCACCCGCACGUCCAGCCCAAGUCCACCCCGACCGCCACGCCGAGGACGGGGCCGUGGCCGUGGCCGAGCACGCGGACGGGGCCGAGCCCGUGGACGAGGUCGUAGUAUAUAAAAACAGGGACCUUUCUUCCACCGUCCAGUACCCAUGUGUAACGAAUGUCAAAACACGAUGGCCCCUAGACGGAAACGCCAACGCAGGACGACACGACGUCGACCGCCCGCCAAACGAUCACGACGCCAUGGUCAAGUGGGGGGUGUCGCGGUCAGCCUGCCUAUGGGGAUUCUCAAAGCUGGUUAUGGGAUCACCAAAGCCAUCGGGGAUCAUCAAACCAAGCGUGCCAUCGCCAUUGGUGAAAAACGUCGACGGGAAGUGGCCUCCGGCAAGCGGAAAAAAUAUGCGGGGGAAUCCUUUAAUUGUUCCAUCAUGUAAAAAACUAUAAAAGACCAAAGGUGCGUCCUCCAUCGAACAGAUCAUUAUCAUGCAUUGCGGUCCACGACAACGACGAAAAAGACGCCGAAAACAACAAGGGGGUAUUCUCCCGCUCCUCAUCCCCGCGGCUGUUGCUGCAGCCGUCCUCAUGAAGCGCAAGAAAAAAAAGAAAGUGGGUAAGAUCAGUGCAGCGCAAAUGGCAGCCAAUCAACGACGGGUCCAGCGGAUGUUUACUCGAAUGCCGGGUUGGGGUGGGUUCAAAACGCUAAAAAGACUAUAAAAGAAACGCCUGUUGGACACAAGACUCUCAUUGAAGAUGGUCCGUGGACCCAACGUACGCCGACAUCGUUAUGUCCCUCGAAUACGACGCCGACGACGUGGCUCGCAGCGCGGCGCUAGGUUACCGCUUUUGGCAAUGGCUCUCUCGCCUUUGUGGCUCAGGAAAUACAAACCCAGAGUCCGCCUUCGACGCCCGGACUAACCGACGCCCUAAACGAAAAGCCGUUACGUUUGCUUUGGAUUGGGACGACCAGUAUGAAGCCGCCUUGUGUUCACGGUGUCGAGAUCACAUGCAACGGCAUUAUCAUGGUGAAUUGUGUGGUCGGUGUGGCGCCAUUUUUACCAUAAAUAGACCUUGGUCUUUGCCUGAACUCAAGAUUCAUCAUGGGGUGGCGCAUGGAACGUCAAGCCCCGUUCUUAAAAAGUGUCUUACAAGAAGCCAAUCAACACAAACGCCAAGAAUUGUUGCGGAUGGCCAAUGCGGAUCAAAUCAAUGUCAUCAGUGAAUUGGUGAUGAACACUCUCCGUGGCACGGUACCCCGUUCCCGACAGACCAUCACAUUGCUCAAACCUCAUGCCCAGAGUUUACGCGCUAUGGCCAAACCCGCCCAUUCUGUCAAACGACGACGCGCCAUCAUGAUGGCUCAAAAAGGAGGUGCCCUCUGGCCGGAACUCUACCGAUGUUAUAAACGUUGCAUGCGCUAGACCAGACCCCUCAGUUGCACCAUGGAACCCGAGAUGGUGAGCACCACGGUGGACAACGCCCCGGCAUUUUUACAAUUACGAGACCAGUACAAACAAGAAUUGGUGGAAGAUACCCGUUUGACUAAAGCGGCCGAUUUAGCGGCCAAACAACAUGUGCUGUUGACCAGCGAUGCCCCCGAUGCUUGGAAACGGCCUCAACUCAAAGCCGUGAGCCGUCAAUUACGCCAUUGGACCAAAAAAGUGCGCCAACCGUUUGGAGCCGCCGCUGGAGGUGUGAGUGCCGCAGGAGCCACGACCCCGGGCGACGAUGAUUUUGAGGCGGGCCCGAUGCAAGCCUGGUUCACGCAAUUGGUCAAGGCCACCCAGGGUAUAAAACAAGGCACCCCGACUCGUGGACCCAGAAAACCCCCUGUCCCGCCUAAACCGAAGAUCACCCCCAGUGCCAAAAAGAAACUCAAGUUCACCACCCCGUUGAGUAGUGAAGAAUUGGCGCACGAGUUGCCCUUUUCAGACAAGAUCGGAGUACAACCGUGGGAUACCCCCCAAGAACGUGCGGACACCAUCAAGAGAACGGUCACACGUGAUAUUCGCAAAAAAACCACGGACGCCGCCAAAAAGAAAGCCGCAAGUAUCGCCAAAAAGAAAGCCGCUGGUUGGGCCAAGAAAGCCUUGGAUUGGAAAACGUGGAAAACCCCCUAA